AUGGCGGCCCUGGGAAGAGAGGAAGGUGGGGAUUCGGUUUCCCUGGGCUCUCAUGUGCACGGUGUGCUGGCAGCUGUCUCUCUUCUUUCCACCUUCCAGCAAUGUCAUUUUGCUUGGCUGGUGGGGAAAUUAAGAAUGAAGCACAAGGUCAUGCCCCUGGCUGUCACUGGAGCUCCAGAAUUUGACAGAGCAUUUCACAUGCAACAAAACUGUGUGGAGUUUUACCCAAUAUUCUUGACUGGCCUCUGGACUGCAGGAUGUUUUUCAAUCAAGUCCUAUCUCCACUAUAAAUCUACUGUAAAUCCAAAGAAGCACCACUUAAGUCAAAAAAUUGGAUAUGAAAUAAUACACAUGUUCAUGGACAGACACUUGAAUCAGGGAAGAUCACAGUUGCUAGCCAGCAACACAGGUGCUGUCACAUCUUUCUUUUGGGGUAUGCUGUACAGGUUUGCUUGCUACAAGUACUUCCAUGGUUAUGUCCAGUCUGUGAAAGGAAGGUUAACAGGGUUUUUUUAAAUUUUAUUUUUUUAUUUGAGUGUGAUAAUUCUGAUUUCCUUGAUAACCCUGGGUGCAGCUGGGAUUGUCAACAGCUUUCUGGAUGAAUACCUGGACUUCAGCGUAUGGAUUGCUUUGAAUGUGCUUUUUAAAAAAUAAAUGAACAUGGAUGUUUUGC